AUACAGUAUAGUUUCAUAGAAUACCAGUAGAGACAAAGGAGAGUUUUUGAUAUAUAUUACUAUGGUAUAUAACGUUUGAUACUAAAAAACUAGCGCAAUGUAUAGAAAAUGCUGAUUUUUUGUUUUUAUAAAUUAUAAAGAUACUCAUAUAAAAUGUCUCAUAGUGAGACUACAUUGAGACCGCAGCCCCGAUUGGACAUCAAAUGGCUUAAAACUAAUUUAGAAACAUUAUUUACUUCUCAAGAUAAUUUAAUAAAUUCUUGGAAUGGGUUGAUAACUGAUGGAGAAUUAACAGGGGAUUUUUCUGUUGGAAGAUUAAAUAGUGCUGGGGUAACUGCAAGACAAGGAGAAUUCGGAAAAUAUUACUGUGGACAAAGGGUACUAACUUGUGCCUGUUGUGAUGGAAUUUGUGGUCCAAAUUGUGGUUGUAACUGUCAACCAUGCCAGAAACUUGAUGCUGAAGAAUCCACACAAAACAUUUCUAACAAGGAAAAAUUGCCAUCCAUUGAAACGUUACUCUAUAGAUGGGAUUGGGGACCUCAGUGUACAUCAGAACAGCUUUCUCAGAGCAUCUAUAGUUUGAACCAACAACAAGAAUCAUUAUGUUCCGAAGCAGCCAAUUCAACAUUAUCUUCCAUACGACUCUAUUACCGUUUAUUAAUAUUCAAACGAUAUUUUAUUGCAUUAAAUAGAACUCCCCAUCCUUUAGAAUCAGAACAUUCAAUUAUAACAAGGAGUAUAGAACAGCUAGAUCCCAAAUUGACAGCCAAAAGUAAAACUAUAUUGUCUAGUUUGGGUCCAGCAGCUAGUUUAGCUAGGGUGGGAUCCAGGGCAGCAUUGAAUUUCUCAUUUGCCUUCUUGAAAAGAGCAUGGAGACUAGGGGAAGAUGUCGACCUUUGUAGUGAACUAUUAAAUGAAUCUCUAGAGGCCCUUAGGCUGUUACCAAUUGCUACUUUAUAUGAACAAAAUAAUGUUUCACCUAUUUGGUUAGAAGUAGUAGAAAGAUCCAAUAAAUUUUUAAAACAAGUUGUAACAGGGGAUUUAUCUAGUGAGAGGCAGCACUGUAAUGUACCAAUAGAAGACCAAAAUAUUUCUUUAAAUUUACUGUUAGAAUUCGCUUUGCAAAAAGCAACUUUAAGCAGCAUUUUAGACAUAGUUUUAUUGUUACUGACAUUAUGGAAUAAAAAAACUCACAUUACGGACAACAGAUCAACUGAGGAUGGAGCCAGUGCCCCACUAUUGCCAUUUAUUAGAAGAUUAGCCGAAAUAGAACCUUCCCAAACUAUUUUUAUUAAUAAAGAUGAGAGUGAUCAAUUGGAUAGUAUUCCAAAAGUUUACUUAGAUUUGCUUGAGCUGCCUGAUAAUGAAGACUGUGAAAUAGAUUUAAGACAAGCUGCUGUUUAUAUAAUGGCACAUUUAGAUAGACUGGCAAAUCCACAUAUACCUCCUGUAUCUUUCAAUAAGUCAUCUCAAUACUAUAAUGGCCAGAGAGUAUGGGGCUGGGGUUGGCUCCCUUGGGCUACCGAGACUGGACCUCAGAACUGCGAUGCAAUAGCCGAUUUGACAAUCAAGGAAUUGUGUUGCUCGGAUAGGGGAAUUUUAAUAUUAACACAUUCUGGGAAAGUGUACUUUAUGUACUAUUCUUCUGAGACACAGUGCCCUCAAAUAAUAGAGUCUCUAAAGGAAAUAGAAAUAAUAAAAAUAGCUGCACAUACUGAAGGAAAACAUUUUAUGGCACUUACAAAAAAAUCUGAAGUAUAUUCUUGGGGUAAUGGCGAUGGGGGGCGGUUGGGUCACGGGGAUACGAGUUUUAAAGAGGAACCCCAAAUAAUAUAUGCACUUUUGGACAAAGACAUUGUGGAUAUUAAAUGUGGUGCUACCUACAGUGCUGCCAUAUCGGCCAAUGGUUCACUUUACACUUGGGGCAAAGGAUAUUAUGGUAGAUUAGGACAUGGCACAUGUGAUGAUUGUUUAGUACCCACUUUGGUAGCGGGGUUAUCUGGCCAGCAUGUCGUUAAAGUUGCUUGUGGAUCGGGAGAUGCUCAUACUCUUUGUGUUACUAGUCAAGGUAAAGUUUAUAGCUGGGGAGACGGAGAUUAUGGAAAACUCGGUAGAGGUGGAUCAGAAAGCUCGAAAAUUCCUAGACUGAUAGAAAAAUUACAAGACAUCGAAAUUUCGGAAGUUUACUGUGGUGCGCACUUUAGUGUCGCACUUUCCAAAGAAGGAAAACUUUUUACUUGGGGAAAGGGUGAAGGUUGGCGGUUAGGGCAUCCUAACGAAGAUCACAUAAGAAUUCCCGAACCCGUAGAAGUUUUGCAAGACAAACGAGUAGUUUCAGUAGAUGUAGGCACCGGGCACAUUUUGGCUUUAAUGGAUACUGGAGAAAUUUAUGGUUGGGGUAAAAAUGAAAACAAACAGUUAUUCGACACUCCUGAUAUUUACAUUCAACAACCAAAAUUACUGGAAGCUCUUAAAGGCCAAAAAAUUGUUGGUAUAUCUUGUGGCCCAUCGCAAAGUUUUUGUUGGACUGACGUUAAUUCUUUUGUACCUAAAACAUCCUUGCCGUUUGUUAUAGAUCUAACAGAGCAUACUUUUAAGUUACUGGAUCAAAUUCUGGAAUUAGUUAUAGUUCAUAAUCCAUCUUCACAAGAAAAAGAAUGUCUUGCUAUUUCAAUUUUAAAACUUUUACAAUUACAGUUGCACAGCAUUAUAUCCAAUAAUUUGGAUCCGAAAACAGCUGGUUUGGGUGUUAACAGUAAACUUCUAGCUAAUUUAAAAUCGCAAGUUGUUUAUCUAGCUAGCGCCGUAAAAAUACUACCGACAGUACAAGCUGCCGCUCAAGCAGCCUUACAAACGGGCUGGUCCGUUUUAUUACCUACUGCUAAUGGAAGAGCGAGAACUUUAUCAUCUUUACUAUUAAAUACAGUAGAUGUGGAACCAAAGAUGUGCAAGUCAGGUCACCGGUUUAUGACAGAUUUACUUGUUUGGAGUUUGAUGGCAGAUGGAGGCUUGGAAUUGGCAUUAAAUGAAGCUUUAAUUUCUGAAUCUUCUGAAUUGGCUGGUAGUGAUGACAAUUUCGAUCAAAUGACCUCUCAUAUAACAAUUCCGUUAUUAUACCUGGUCAGGCAGUUAGUCAGGAACAUUAGUGUCGUUACGCAGUCAACUAUCAAAGAAAUUGGUGCAACAGGCAAAUUACCAUCUCAAAAAUAUUUACCAUCACCAAGUCUAAAGCUUUUACAACGAUUUCAGAGGUUGUUAAUUGGCAAACUACACUUGAAAACAUCCGAAUAUGCAGAUACUGCUGAAACGUUGUUAAUUAAGUAUUUGGAUUGUUUCACAUGCUUCAUAACGAUGACUUUAAAUACAGCAUACGAUGUUUGCGUGGCAAAUCCCAAGAACUUCUUGAUAGUCCUGCAGAUAUUGAAAGAAGAUAUUAUUGGUAUACUACUUCCUGAAUUAUUAGUAUGCUUAAUUUUACUCGAGCAAGAGAUGGAAAUGUUUCUGAGUUCCAUGAACUGGUUAAAUGUAUUUAAUGACGUUUUAAAAUCCAUAGACAAAUUCUGCAGAUUAAUGCCUGAUAUAGAAUUACAUGAUGCAGAUGAUAUAGCUUGGCAGGGAAUCAUUCAAACUAAACCAAAUAACGCUGGUCACAAGAUAUAUGAUGAUUUACCUCUAAUAAGACAAGCUGAUCUGGAGAAUCACAAUUUGGAUGGUGGUAGAUGGGUUGUGAUUAAUAAUAAAGUUUAUGAUGUACAGGAUUUUAGAUGUGAUAAUCCUUCAGUGAACGAGGUUCUUCAGAAAUAUGCGGGUAAAGAUGUAGGCCAUAUUUUGAAUAACAGCCCACAAAGUAGCCAGCUAAUGCAACAAAUGGAAAACUAUGUCGUCGGUAAUUUUUGUCAACCAGAAAAUGAAAUUAAACAAAAUAAUCUGAAUAAUUUAAAUGUGUGUCUAAUGUUGUUAGAUGCUGAAAGAAACUUGGGUUAUUUAUUAGGUUUGCAUUCGUUCAAUUUAAGACAAAGUAUGUCUUUGGCACAAGAAGAAUUAUCCCAUAGCCAAUGGUUACAGUCCUCCUUUUUAAGUGCAGGCCUUCAGAUUGACCAACCUCCAAAUCCUUAUGAAGAUGAAAAAGGAGAUUCAAGGAGUACCAAUUCGACAGCAGAAAACACUCCAACGGAACCAAAAGUCAAUAUGGUUCAGAAGACUUUGAAAGUAUUUCAGCAACCAACUGAGAGAAUUAAAACAUUCAUUAAUGCCUUAGCAGAAAGUAGAUUAUCAGAUCCAUAUGUGAUAGCGUUUUUGGCUAUUGUAGAACAGCAUUCUAAGGCAAAUAAUUUCUUAACUAGAGUGGAUUUUUCUUUUGAACAUCCAGUAGAAGAAAUUGGUAGAGUGCUUUACGCCGUUUUAUUAAAACAUUUAGGACUUGGUUAUGUAUUGCUGCCUAUAAUAGAAGCAUAUGCAACUCAAUCCACAGUGAAAAUUCCUAAAUCUGUAGCAGAGGUAAUAAAAUGCGUUCAUCAAACAAAGUGGAGUCUGAUAAAAACACGUCAAGAAGUGAAUAAGGGGUACAAAGAAAUUUGCAUUCCCCUAUUAGAAAAAUGUCGCUUCUUGCUGUACGAAGUAAAGCCAGCAAUAAGCUUGGAAAUGGAAGCUUUCAAAAAAGUCAACGUCCUAUAUAAAGAACCUAGAGUACGUACUUUGGUUAGAAAAGUUAUCAAAGACCUAAAAUGCGGCAGACAUACUUCGGAAAUACAAAAACCUGAAGAUAUAGUAAACGCCACUAUCCAAUCGCAAUCGAUUGAAAAACACAAAUCAAGUGAAGACAUCACAAAAAUACGCAAGACGAGUUCUGAUGGUAAAAUUUCAGAGUCAAAAAGCGAAACAGACGAUGUGAAUAAUGAAAUUAAAAAUAAUACUCAAAAAGCAGUGGAUACCUUCAAUUCGAAUACACCAAAACCGAGUAAAAAUUGUGGCGAUAUUAAAAACGAUUUAGAGGAAAAAUGGAAUGUAGAAAAAACAGAGAUUAUGACUCGUUCUGAACCUACUCAACAGGAAAAAGAAAAGAAAAUGGAAAGCCACAUGAUUCUAACAGGUAUUGUUACCAAACUACAUGAAAAGCAAAUGAAGAGAGUCAGUAAUGAAAAUUUAGAUAUGAUACAUUCUAUUAUACAAUUUGUGACAAACUCAUCUUGUGAUGUGGAAAUUUUGAGAAAAGUCAUGUAUAACCAAGUAAAAAGGUGCAAAACAAGAAAAGAAGGCCUUCAAAUGAUACAUAAUCUUUUAAAUGAAGCAACCCUCCUAACUUCCGUCAAAUAUGCCAUUAUGAAUGGUUACUUAUCCUUAAACAAAAACGAGAAAUGUCAUCACUGUUUAGAUAACAUAGAUUUGGUAACGCCAUUUUUAAAAACCGACAUUUUGCUCUCUCAAUUAGCCGUAACAGAAUGGUGCAUAGAAACAUUAAGAGCUUUGAUUUUGAGAGACGUACCAUCCAAAAGUAGCAAAGCUAAGAGCACCAGCGCCAAAGUUAAUUUGAAUCUGGGUACUUACACUUUGUUGCGGGACGUACCGAGAGCUAGAAUGUUAUUAGCAAUACUAGGAAUACUAUCCUGUAAUAGGUAUAAUGCUUUGGAACUCAGCCCGAUUAUCAAUAGUGGAGUAAUAAGUUCAGUAUUAGGUCUAUUGAAACAAGCUGGAUCUGAUCAGAAAAUAGUGAGGAAGGUAUCAGAAUUUUACGUACUUUACGCCGAUAUGAUAGAAAGCCACAAACCAAAAACAAGCUGUUUGUCGGGACAAGAAUUGGCCAAUUUAAUGAAAUUGGGAACCAAGGUGGUAAGGGGAGCCGAUUGGAAAUGGGGAGAUCAGGAUGGUAACCCGCCUGGAGAAGGUCGAGUAAUAGGAGAAUUAGGAGACGACGGAUGGGUUCGAGUGGAAUGGAGUAACGGUACCACAAACAGCUAUAGAAUGGGCAUAGAAGGAAAAUACGAUCUAACUUUAGCUUCGCCCCCAUCACCUGUAACUUCAGAAUCAGAAUCGGAGGAACCCAGUGACCCAGGAACUCAACUGGUAAAAGAUAAUCAACUGAUUCGACUAUUGAGGGAUGCUAGUAUAAACUUUUUAAGAAACAUAGCGAUAAGUACUGGUUUAACAAAUAACAAUCUCCAUCCCAAUACUUUACACGGUUUAAGUAGUCUGUUUUGUUCGUCUUUAAGUUCUACUUGCUCGGAAUGGGUGGAUCUUACAUUGGUCCGUAGCAUAUGCCAAACUGAUCAACUGUGUAGAGCGUUUAGCACAAAACCUUGGAUAAAAAUGCUUCUAGGAUUUUUGUCGCCAUCUAGUAAUACGGGAGUGAACGAAUCUAUUCUUCUCAAACAAAUUCUGACAGUGAGAUUGCUACAAAUUGUUUUGAAAUCCUGGGAUAUGGAUAAUCCAGAAAUACCUGUACUUUUAGAAAAACUCCUAAAUAUAUUGGGAAGAAUUAUUCUGACCUGCUCAUAUGACACUUGUAAUAAACCACUGACUAUUACUAAAUCAUCGGUAUUGUUGACACAGUCUCAUAGUGGUACUUUGGCACAAGAAAUUAUAAAUUUAUUGAGGAUGUUGCACGGUAUACUCGGCUGGAAUCAAAUCUUGAAUGUUAUUUUGAUACAAAAAUUGAAUUUAGCAGCAUAUUUUUUGAGUGACUCUUGCUUGUCGACGUCCAUGCUCUCUGAAACACCGGCUAGUGAUCAGCAACAUUACAUGGUGGUUGCUUGUUUGAAUGUGAUUGGCGCCUGGGAUAUUAGACCUAGAAUUGGAGCAUUGGCGGAGGUCGAGGGAUCUCAAGGAACUGUAGUUAGAAUAACUCCGAAAGGAAAACUGUGGGUGCAGCUUCACGAAUCCGGAGAAGUUAAGAAAGUUCCCAUAAAUAGUAUUAAAUUAGUACAGGGACCAGACUUCAAUUUUGAUAGGAUGCUACUGGGAGAGAAUUUCGUCAAGACCUGGGCAAAUCUAUUGAUGUUUAGACAUUCUUUUAAUAAUCACGAUAGGAAAUCACUUCAUGGUCAAGUGAAUUUGGCUUAUUUGAGAACUCAACAGAACAUGUUGUACGCGCUAAAUGCCACUAGUAUACUACAUACAAAUCAAUACAAGUUACGCAAAGUAUUAAAAUAUCCAAUAAAUGGUAUGGAUCAAUCUCAAGAACAACAGUCAAUUGAAGAGGAAUUGAAUCAACAACCAAUACUGCUGAUACAAAAAUUGCUUUCUAAAUGUAUACAACCGAGUCCGCUAAAACCCGGUUUUACAAUUGAAGAAAUGCAACUAGCUGCCUUAAAUUUAAGCCAAUUCUUAGCAGCAGAAGGAAGUUUCGAAACUCCCGCUAAUAACAUUAAUAACGAAAAACCAACACCUAAAAACGGCACUAGAUGUAACAGUGAACUAGCCACACCAAAUAGCGAAUGCUCUGUAAACAGUGUAGUAAGCGAGCGUACCAACAAGAGAAGAGAAUUAGAAGACGAAACUCCCCCUCAUCCCAUGGUAUCACAAAUAGUAGAAAUGGGCUUCACGAAAAAUGCUGUCGAGGCGGCUAUUAAAUCAUUAGCAAUAACCCCCGAUAGCUACACCACACCAGAAUCAAUAGUUAGUUGGCUUCUAGAACAUCCCGAAGUAGCCGCUGAAGAUAGCGAUUCAUUAUCUUCUGUUUAUGACUCUGAAACGGAAUCGAUAUCAUAUGAUAAUGCCCUUGGGGCACAAUCCAUGAAUACUUACGGAGAUGAGAAACACCAAAGUUACGCUAGAAGAUCACAGUUUUUGUCAAACGACGAAUAUGCUAUGUAUGUUAGAGAUAACGCCGAAGUAGGUAUGUUAGUGAGGUGUUGUAAAAGUUACGAAGAAGUCCAACUUGGUGACAUUGGAAAAAUCGUUAAAAUAGACAGAGAAGGUUUACACGACUUGAACUUGCAAGUUAAUUGGCAGCAUAAGAUCAGCACCUAUUGGGUUCGAUUUAUUCAUAUAGAAUUACUGGGUUUUCCACCAUCUUUACCAGCACCAUCUACAAUUAAAGUAGGAGACAAAGUUCGUGUGAAACCCAAUGUUACAACUCCUAGAUAUAAAUGGGGUUAUGUCACACAUGAUAGUGUCGGUGUAGUUUCAGCAAUUUCUCCAAACGGACACGAUCUGACCGUCGAUUUUCCCAAACAACAAAAUUGGACUGGAUUGAUCACCGAAAUGGAAAUAGUACCAUCUUGCCACGAUGGCGUUAGUUGUAACGGAUGCUGUAUAAUACCGAUACGAGGACCAAGAUUUAAAUGUAAAUCCUGCGACAGUUUCGAUUUAUGCGAUAAUUGCUUCUACACAAAGAAAAAUCACAGGCAUCCCUUUUCACGAAUCGAUGAACCAGGGUCACCAGAAGUCCAUGCAGGUAGAGCUGGUCGAUACUAUAGACAUGAUACCAUUGAUCUUGAUGGAGAGUUGAUAACAGAAUGGGGACGAAUAGUAAAAAACGUUACAGUUUCAUCAAAAUAUGCUGUUCGUUUUGAAAUACCUGGAACCAUCUGGCAAAGUAACGGUUCACAAGGAAAACAUUGGAUUAGAUUGGAAGUUUAUCCAGAUGUUACUGUAAAGAGUUUGAAAGUUGGCGUAGAUCCAGGAGAUAAUAGCUACAUGCCUUCUGUUAUUGUUGUAAAUGGAGGAUAUGCCAUGAAUUCUAUGACGGUACUGAAUGUUGUUAAUGUCAAAAAUCACGAUACGUCGGUGUUGCUAUUGUCUAAUAUGGAAAAGCAUUAUCCUUUGAUAGAAAUAAACAUAAUAAAAUGUCGGAAUAAUGGUAUAGACUGUAAAAUUCAUGGAAUUACAAUAGUGGGUAUAAAAAGGCCAUCUUAUGGUGAAUUGAAAACAUCUGUGUCAUUUUUGGCCAACGACUGGGAUCUAACCCAAGAUUCUGGUACAGGAGCUUCAAUGGUUACGAUUACUCAAGAAGCUAACGGGGAAUUUCCUCAGAACACGAAUGGUUGCAAGGUUUAUGUAUGGGGCUUAAAUGAUAAGGACCAACUUGGCGGAAUGAAAGGUUCGAAAGUGAAACUACCAAUUCUCUCAGACUAUCUCAGUCAACUAAAACCGACACAUAUCGCCGGUGGUUCGAAGUCUCUCUUUAUAGUAUCACAGGAAGGAAAAUUAUAUGCCUGCGGUGAAGGUACUAAUGGUAGAUUGGGUUUGGGACAUAAUAACAAUGUUCCAACACCAAGACCUAUACCAUUUUUAAGUCAAUAUGUGAUAAAAAAAGUAGCUGUACAUUCUGGUGGAAAACAUGCGAUGGCUCUUACUUUAGACGGUAAGGUAUUUUCGUGGGGCGAAGGAGAAGAUGGCAAACUGGGACACGGUAAUAGACUUAAUUUGGAUAAACCACGAAUGAUCGAAGCUUUAAAGAGUAAGAAGAUCAGAGAUAUAGCUUGUGGCAGUUCUCACUCAGCCGCUAUCACAAGUAGCGGAGAAUUAUAUACAUGGGGCCUAGGAGAAUAUGGAAGGUUAGGCCAUGGAGACAAUGUAACCCAACUGAAACCAAAACUAAUAAAAUCUUUGAUAGGACACCGCAUUAUCCAAGUCGCUUGUGGUAGCAGGGAUGCCCAAACAUUAGCUUUAUCUGACGAAGGUCUUGUAUUUUCUUGGGGCGAUGGAGAUUUUGGUAAAUUGGGUAGAGGAGGAUCUGAAGGAUGCAACGUUCCUCACAAUAUAGAAAGACUGAAUGCAUUAGGAGUUAUACAAAUUGAAUGCGGGGCUCAGUUUUCUUUGGCAUUAACCAAAACUGGAGAAAUAUGGACAUGGGGGAAAGGAGAUUAUUUUAGGUUGGGGCACGGGACUGAUCAACAUGUUCGGAAGCCAACUAUCAUAGAUACGUUGAGAGAUAAAAAGAUUGUCCAUGUAGCGGUAGGUGCUCUCCAUUGUUUAGCAGUUACUGAAAACGGUCAGGUGUAUGCUUGGGGAGAUAAUGAUCACGGUCAACAAGGCAAUGGUACUACUGUCGUCAAUAGAAAACCGGCACUCGUUCAUGGUUUAGAAGACGUCCAUAUUAACCGAGUUGCUUGUGGUAGCUCACAUUCAAUUGCAUGGACAUUACAAGAUACACAAGCUACAUCAAAAGUUGAACCAGUGAUAUUUCCUGUCGCUAAAGAUCCUUUAGGAUCUUCUAUUCUGGGAUUAUAUGAUGGCGAGAAAUCUCAAAUGAGAAUAAAAGAUAAAAAUGCCCCAACGUUAAGCAGCAUUGUAAUGUCUUUGGAAAGUAAUACUGCGAAACAGCAGGCGUUGCAACACAUUUUAAAUGCCAUGUAUAUACAACAACUAAGACAGGCGAUAGUGAAGGCUCUGUGUAGUCAUACCUACAUUAAGAAUAAUGUUAAGGAGACAUGCUCAUCUGAUACGCCCUUGGAUCGAUCGGUGAUCAACGCAUCAUCAUUGAACAAAGAUGGUGAAAUUGCUUUUGGCGGAGGAGAAGCUCCUGUUUCCAUUACCGAAAUUACUUCGGUAAAUAAUCCCAAUCCCAUAUCACCAGAAACAGAAGAGAUUCCUGUAGCAUUACUGCAAUCCAUGACAGCGAGUAGUUGUUCAGCAAGCAUGUCGUCAAAGCAUUCUCUUAUGUCUACAAGUGCAAUGUCUGUAAUUGCUGCUACUCUAACUUCACACGCUGAAGUAAUAGGCGACGGUGGGCUUUCAGGCCUAGAUGAGUUUACUUCUUUAUUAUCGGAAAACGAUGCUAGAUUAUUGGUGGACCUGUUAAAAUUGGCAGUCACUGAUAGAAUCGAGGACGAACAAGCUAAAGAUAUAUUAUCGUCUGUUCUUAUAACUAUGGGUAGUUCAAAUCCCACUAUAGGAGCUAUGUUAUUAGAACUGUGCGUUACCGAAUUGGAAGACACUAACAAUAGUACACAAAGUCUAACUACAACGCCGCAUCCAGUUGUACAGGAAUCUAGCCAUCCUUAUGUGGAUGAUGUUACAUUAAGAGGUCACGUUCGGUUACCGGGAGCAGAUGCACUGAGAGUAGAAUUUGAUAGACGAUGCUCCACAGAAAGAAGACACGAUCCUUUGCAGAUUAUGGAUGGGUCCGGCAGAAUUGUAGCAACAAUGUCAGGAAGAGAAUGGAGCGAUUGGUCUUCUGAAUUAAGAGUACCAGGUGACGAAUUAAGAUGGACCUUUACUACAGACAGUUCAGUUAAUGGUUGGGGAUGGCGAUUUACCGUCUAUCCAGUUAUGUCCAGUCAUGGUUUAAGUGAAUUAGGUUCUGAUAGAGCCGUUCUGAGCCAACCGUCUAUGGAUAUGGUAAUGUGUCUUUUGGAUCCCAGCUUGUACGAAUCUGCCGAUUCAGCGUUGAUGUCGAGAUUAGCUGCAGCUUUGGCUGCAUGUUCACAACUUAGUUUUCUCUCUCCAACUCAAAGAAUGUGGUCACUCCAGCGUCUACAUAGACUUCUCGUGGGAGAAGACGAGAGAGGAAAGAUAAUUCCUUUACAAUUACAAGAACUUAAGGCACCCGAUAGUGCGUUAGGGUUACUUCUUGAAGAGCUACCUCAAGCUUUAUUAAGACAAUACGAAUAUGAAGACGGGUCUGUUAGAGCUGGUUUACAUUUGAUGCAUUCUGACUUUUUUAAGGUAUUAGUAUCACUCGCUUGCGAUUUGGAAAUGGACAAAAUGGCUAAUAUAGUAGAUAAUCACAAAUGGUCGUGGUUUAGGAGAUACUGUCAUGCAGAAAGAGUCGCCAAGGCGUUAAUUCAUAGAACCCAAUUGCCUUCGAGUUUUUGUCAAGAAGUCAGAAAAAAACUAGCAGAUACCAAUGGAGAAGGGCCUAAUGAUAUUUGGGAACAUGAAAACCAUACUCUGUUUAAAAAAGAACACGACGAACAGCUAUUAAUUUGGUUGAACAGGCGACCUGAUGAUUGGACUUUGAGUUGGGGCGGGUCUGGUACCAUUUAUGGAUGGGGACACAAUCAUCGAGGACAGUUAGGGGGCGUAGAAGGAUGUAAAGUUAAAAUUCCCACUGCAUGCGAAGCUCUUUCUACAUUAAGACCCGUACAACUUGUUGGUGGUGAACAAACUCUGUUUGCAGUAACAGCAGAUGGAAAAGUUUAUGCUACUGGUUAUGGGGCAGGAGGUAGACUUGGCAUUGGAGGAACAGAUUCAGUGUUAGUACCAACACUAUUAGAAAGUAUCCAACAUGUUUACAUUAAGAAAAUAGCUGUCAAUUCUGGAGGGAAACAUUGUUUAGCAUUAUCCGCUGAUAAUGACGUCUAUUCUUGGGGAGAAGGCGAUGAUGGAAAACUUGGUCACGGCAAUCGAUUAGCUUAUGAAAUACCCAAGCUUGUAGAAGCUCUUCAAGGAUAUGAAAUUAUUGAUGUGGCUUGUGGUGGAGCCCAUUCUGCUGCUAUUACCUCUUCAGGGCGUCUGUAUACUUGGGGUAAAGGACGGUACGGUAGACUCGGACAUGGAGAUAGUGAAGAUCAAUUUAAACCUAAACUGGUUGAAGCUUUAUUGGGAUACAAAGUAAUAGAUGUUGCCUGUGGUUCUGGUGAUGCUCAAACACUCUGUAUAACUGACGAUGAUAAUGUAUGGUCUUGGGGAGAUGGAGACUAUGGGAAAUUGGGAAGAGGGGGAUCUGAUGGUUGUAAGGUACCAAUGAAAAUCGAAAGUUUGGCUGGAUUAGGUGUUAUUAAAGUUGAAUGUGGCUCCCAAUUUUCGGUCGCUUUAACUAGAUCCGGCAGCGUAUAUACUUGGGGCAAAGGUGAUUACCAUAGAUUGGGGCAUGGUACGGGAGACCAUGUUAGAAGACCUAAAAAAAUCGCAGCUCUACAGGGAAAAAAGAUUAUUAACAUUGCAACUGGAUCUCUACAUUGCGUCGCUUGUUCAGAUGAGGGAGAAGUUUAUACUUGGGGAGAUAAUGAUGAGGGACAAUUAGGAGAUGGUACUACCAAUGCUAUUCAUCGACCAAGACUUGUAACACACCUUCAGGCGAACGUCAAAAAAAUUACUAACGUCGCUUGCGGAUCCGCCCAUACGUUGGCUUGGUCUACUAGUAAUGCCAGCAGUGCCUGUGCUCGUUUACCCACUGUAGCUCCGUUAGAAUAUGAUCUCCUUCAAGACAUUCCUUCUUUAGUUUUACAUUGCCGUUUGAUUCUUCUGCAUCAUUUUGCAGAAUUAAUUUGUCCUUGUAUAACUAUGUUCCCGAUCACAGGUCCAGAUUCUUUGCACGAAUUGAGGAAUAUUUUGAUUUAUUCUAUAAAGGAAGCUACGUUUAGGAAAGUUAUUCAAGCUACAAUGGUUAGAGACAAACACCAUGGGCCUGUAAUUGAACUUAAUAGAAUACAGGUUAAGCGAUCAAGAUCCCGAGGUGGCCUAGCAGGUAUAGAUGGCAUGAAAUCAGUUUUUGGACAAAUGGUCUCUAAACUCCCACUACUUACAUCAGAAACGCUUGCUUUACCUCACAGAGUUUGGAAAGUUGAAUUUGUAGGUGAAAGUGUUGAUGAUUGUGGAGGAGGUUAUAGUGAAAGUAUAGCAGAAAUGUGCGAUGAACUUCAAAAUGGUUCACUACCAUUGCUUAUUCCCACUCCAAACGGUAGAGAUGACGCUGGAGCAAACAGAGACUGUUUUAUUUUGAACCCACAGGCUAAAACAUGUUUGCACUUGAACAUGUUCAGAUUUCUUGGAGUUUUAAUGGGCAUAGCGAUUCGUACCGGAUCACCUUUGAGUUUAAAUUUAGCCGAGCCCGUAUGGAAACAAUUAGCGGGAAUAGAAUUGACACCCGCAGAUCUAACUGAAAUCGAUCGGGAUUAUGUGCCAGGCUUAUUAUGUAUUAGAGACAUGGCGCCAGAAGAACCUCUUUUUCAGAAUUUAGAAAUGCCAUUUUCGACACCAUCUUCUUGUGGAACUGAUGUUCAUUUGAGUACAAGAUACAAAAGGAUUACCUACGAAAAUCGACUCGAAUACGUUAGACUGGCUUUAAAUUUUAGAUUACACGAAUUUGAUGAACAAGUUAAAGCUGUAAGAGAUGGUAUGUCUAGGGUGGUACCAGUGCCAUUAUUGUCACUGUUCAGUGGGUAUGAAUUAGAGACAAUGGUAUGUGGAUCUCCAGAUAUACCUUUGACGCUACUGAAAUCAGUUGCUACAUACAAAGGUAUUGACGGUAGCGCUCCUCUGAUACAAUGGUUUUGGGAAGUAAUGGAAGAAUUCACCAAUCAAGAACGAUCAUUAUUUUUACGAUUUGUUUGGGGACGAACACGUCUACCAAGAACUAUUGCAGAUUUUAGAGGCAGAGAUUUUGUAAUACAGAUACUUGAUAAGUAUACCCCUCCUGACAACUUUCUACCUGAAAGCUACACUUGCUUCUUUUUGCUUAAAAUGCCUAGAUAUUCGUGUAAGCAUGUUUUGCAUCAAAAAUUAAAGUAUGCUAUUCACUUUUGCAAAUCCAUUGACAAGGACGAAUACGCACGAGUGGCUAUGACAGGUGAUUUGGCUGUCAGUUCAAGUUCAGAUGCAGAAAGCGAUCCGGAAAUGGAUAGCAGUCAUUGAAAUAAGAAGCCAAUUUCCCGUCCAAACUUUAUUGUUUUAAUUUUUAAUAAAAAGAGUAGUUUUAAUUUGCAGCGCUAUCAAAAAAUUUUUUCGACAAUUUUACAAAUGGCACUGCUCCUUUUUUAUCUUCAACCGGUUUUGCGAAAUUAGAGAUAGAAUUUUUUAUGUGUUACAAUUAAUGACGCAGCUGUCAUUGAAAGGUUUUUUUUUACCGGCGCACUAACCACUGAAUAUACUGUAUAAAAAGUUAACAAGAAAAAAAACAAGAUUUUGAUAGGGGUUAAGUUGGAAUUUCUGGAACCGUUGGUGAUAUGCAAACUGACCACAAUGUUUGCAAUACCACUACACCAACACUCACCAUUACAUUGUCUGACGCGCGUUAUCAUUUUUAGCCUCUGGAGACGAUAAUACUCAGAGAGUGUUGGCUUAGUGGUAUGUAAACAUUUUAUUCCUUGAGCAAUCAUUUUUGGUAUUUCAUAAAUAUGUGUUAAUUUGGGAUCUACUAUUUUAUAAAAUUGUACAGAAUCAGUAAAAUUGUCGAUUCUCUUUAACCAUUAUUACUGUCAGUAAAAGGAUUUAUUUUCAUUAAAUUUCUGUUUUUUACUCAAUCUCUGUACCGAAUUGUAUUAAAGCUUGAGCUUAUGGAAUGGAUGUUAGGUUUCUUUAUAUUUCCUUCGUUUAAAUAGAUAAAUUUAAUUAGGAGUUGAAUUUCACUGGCACUUAUCAGAUGCUUCCAAAGGAGCAGUAGAUUCAAAUACUAUCUGGAUUCAGAAAUAUUAAAGUUCUGCAGAAACUUUUUGGAUGACCUAGAAAAAUUUUCCUAAAUCAAAAGGAGUAUCAAAGGUCUUAGGAACGUUUGAAGUGAUGUAGCCUAGAAGGCACCGUGAUAGUUUCUCCCUUUACCUGAAACUUCUUACAGGAACAUUUUCCUACAUCUCAAAAAGGCUCCGGACAGAUAACAGACAUUUGUGCUUUUUUCUUAGAUCCAAACACUUUUGGAUGUGAUAGUAACAGAGUGCUUCUUUGUCAAUUACCUCCAUUUUCCAAAACUCCUAUAGUAUCUUCCUAAAUUAAAAGAAGAUUACAGGUCAAUAAAAUGCGUUUGUGCUCCUUCUUUCUAAACUCUAAUACUUUUUGAAUCGAGCAAUAUGAAAGUUCUAAGGAACUACAUGACAAAAAGGUUUCGAGCUAAUAACAAACAUUCGUGCUAAGAUCCAAAUAUUUUUGGAUGUUAUAGUAACAGAUUGUUUCAACUCUGGAAGACCCGUCAAGAAUGCUUCUUCUUCGGUUACCUCCCUUUUCCAAAACUCCUGGAGUAUUUUCCUAUAUCACCGAAACGUUUUGGAACAAUAAAAGGUAUUUGAUCUUCUUUUCUGAAAAUUUUUUUAUUUUUUUAUCGUUCCUACAUAUGUUAUUAGUUCCAGAUAUAGGUUCUAUUAGACUCAAUACUAUAUUUUGUGGGUUAUUAGGUCGUUCAUAUGGACCCUUAGGCUGAUUUCCAACAUAUACCUCCAGAUUGGAAGCAUAAGAUGUAGAGAAAUCGACUAGGGCAAAUAUUUUUAUUCCUUAUCUAUUAGGCUUACUUGGAAUAUACUGCUUGAAAUCACUUCGCACUCUAAAUGCCUCGAGCUUUUCAUCAAUCAUUGUGUUUGCUCCAAUUGUAUAUGUGUUUUUACAGUUUUCAACAAAAAGGUCAAAUUGGCUUCUGAUUGGAGCUAUUUUGUUACAAUGUCUCCUUUCUUCUCUUGUUGUCAAAUCGUCGAAACGAAGGCAUCAUAGAAGAAAAUGAAAUUGAUCGUGAGAAAUAACUAACCUUACCGUAGAAAAAUAAAACAAGCCUGAUGUUAAAACAAAAACGUGAACCCUGGCCUCAGACCAAAAUUAAAAUAGUUCAAAAACUCAAAUACACACACAACGACAAACUGAUAUGCAGGUACUGAUGGUACAGAUAAAGGUCAACAAUUUUGGUCUGUUUUUUACCUUAUUUUCAUUUUUUUUAAUGAAAUUUGAUGAAAACAAACAAAAUUUUCCAUAACAGUUGUUGUUUAUAACAUUUUUUUUUUCAUCUGAAAUAAUAAAUUAUUGGAAAUUUUUCUGUAAAGCUAAGAGAUUUGUCGAUAUUAGUCUUCUGAAAACCUUUCAAAGCUUUGAUCUAUAAUAAAAGAAAGCAAAUUUAACAAUUAUACGUUUUUCUAUAUAUUUACCAGUUAUUAAAGAAAUACUGAAAUAUUUCUAUUGGCUAGAAAUAUUAUAUAUUUUAGAGAAAAACGAACGAAAUUUUUUUGCAAAACUGGGCUUUAUUUGUUUUAAAAUAAAGUAUUAUUUUCUAUAUUGAGAGAUUAUUUUGUUAUAGAGCUUGAAAUACAUUAUUUUUAUUGUUAUCGAUUCCCAAUAAAUUAUGUUGACAUUCCUCGAAUUUAAUAACUGUCAAUUGACAUUUUUACUCACUAUAUCUUCAAAGCUAUUGUAUAUUUUGCUACAAACACAAAUUUUGCUACAGAUCCGAGUGUAUUUUUUGGAUCGCUACACAAAUAUUUAUGUGCAUUUUUCUUAAUUGUAUUAUUUUCUGGAUGUAUCGUACUAGUCAGUUAUCUAAUAAAAAUUAUAG